ACAAGUGAGGUCGUCACAGCUCGUCAAUAUAACUGUUUAAUCUCCAGAGGAACAUGAAGCAGUUUGUGUUAAGAGUUGUUAUACCCGUUACGUUAGUAAUAUGUAUAUUUCUGUCGCUUCCACUAGUGUGCGGCCAUAGCAAUGACCACCACGGACACAGUCAUGGACAUAGUCAUGGACACCACGGACACAGUCAUGGACAUGAAGAACCCCCAGCAUUUAAGUGGAGUAAACAGGCAAAUGAAGCGUAUCGUGAUGAAGACCAUCAUGAUGUGCCACACGCCCAUGAUGUGCCACACGCCCAUGAUGUGCCACACGCCCAUGAUGUGCCACACGCCCACGAAGUACCACACGCCCAUGAAGUGCCACACGCCCCUGAUAAACCCCGUGCCACUGAUGAGUCUCAUCCCUCAUCUGGAGAUGCCAGUUCUCAGAAAUCGAGCAUCUGGCUUGAGGGAGUCUGUGCCACUCUACUUAUUAGUAUAGCACCAUACCUAAUUCUCUUCUUUAUCCCUGUAACUAACAGCAAGGAGCAUGAGCCUUACCUUAAGGUCCUCCUUGCCUUUGCCUCGGGUGGCCUUCUUGGAGAUGCAUUCUUACACCUAAUUCCUCAUGCUCUUAUGGCUAAGGCAGCAGCAGCAGGUGGUGGUGGUGAGCAUUCACACUCGCAUUCACACUCGCAUUCUCACACUCGUUCACACUCUCAUUCACACACUGAUACUCGUGAAGGCAAUGGUGAGGUUGAUCAUGGCCAUGACAUGAGUAUUGGGCUGGCUGUACUGGGAGGCAUUAUUGCAUUUCUUGUUGUGGAGAAGUUUGUUCGCAUUUUCAAGGGGAGCCACUCGCACUCACACGUCCAUGCUGUGCCUGUAGGUCAGAACGACAAAUCUAAGAGUUCUGAAGAGAAAUCAAAUGGGGAGAAAGAAAAGAAGAAUGACAAAAAGAAAAAUUCUAAACAUGUGUCAAAAAAAACUGAAGGAGAUAUAAAAGUUGCUGGAUACCUCAAUCUUGCAGCAGAUUUUACACACAACUUGACAGAUGGUCUUGCCAUUGGUGCCUCCUUUCUUGCUGGCAGGAGUGUUGGCAUAGUAACCACAGUCACCAUUUUUCUUCACGAAAUCCCUCAUGAAAUCGGAGACUUUGCAAUUCUUCUUCAGUCCGGAUGUAGUCGGAAAAAAGCCAUGAUGCUACAGUUGGUUACAGCUGUUGGAGCUUUAACAGGCACCUUGAUCUCCUUGUUAGCUGAGGGUGCAGAUGAAUCUGCCACAGCAUGGAUUCUCCCAUUCACUGCUGGGGGCUUUAUUUACAUUGCAACUGUGUCUGUUAUCCCAGAGCUGCUAGAAAACACUAGGUUCUGGCAGUCUGUGUUUGAAGUAGUGGCCUUGCUUAGUGGUGUUGCUCUUAUGAUGGGCAUUGCAUACCUUGAAGAGAUAGGUCAUGAACAUUAGGCACAUAAAGAUUUAUAUGUAAAUAUAUGUAGUGCAGGUAAUAUUAUGUAUGUAAUAUUGAUAGCUGUACUUUUUUUUUAUUAUUGUUGACUAUUUGUAUAUGUGGUUUUGUUGAUUCCUGUACAAUUUUUAGUACUUGGAAGAAGUGGUUCUGAAAAUAUACUCUUAAGAAUUGUUUAUCUUUUAUUGUACUUUUUUUAGGAGCUUGUCCCCAAAAAUUUAACUAAUUUCUUAACUUAAAAGAUCAAAUAUUACAUUUUUAACUGCAGAUUAUAGCAAAAUAUAAAUUGUUUGAGGCUGAAAUUUAGUACAUUUACUUACUAGAGCAGGAAUUAUUGGAAAAAUAUUUAUCAUAAAAUAUUAACUAAAACUGUUGAUAAUUUGGAAGAACUGUUUGUAAAAGGCAUGCAUAGUACAUGUCCAAAGUGAAAAGAAAUAUAGGUGCUUCUUGAUUUACGAUAUUUUGACUUUACGAUAGUGUGAAAGCAAUUACUUUUGGAGGUGAAGGCGGCCAGUCCGUAAUUGUGUACAUUUUUCUUGCUUUUCAGUAUUGGUAUUUAGUCAGUUACAGUAAUUAUUUGUAUAUUUAGUUAUUUACUGACAAUUGUUUAUUUACUUAUUUAGCAUAUCAUAUUUUUGACUUAAAAUAUUUUCGAAUUACGAUGGGUUCAUUGGAAUGUAGCCCCAUUGUAAGUUGAGGAGCACCUAUAUUAAAUACUGUACUGGUCAUUGGACAUAACAAACAUAACUGUUUUGAGAUUCAGUUCACUUUCAUGAGAUGGUUUAUGAAUCUGUGAAUGGCACUCAGAAGUUUUAUUCUUAAGAGAGUAUAGUAUAUAUUUUGUAUUUAUGUAAUUUAUUUUGCUGAAUGUUAAAAAUGAUUACAUUAAGGUUUUAAAACGGUGAUGUGAUGCAUGGAAAGUCAAAUACAUGUGUAUGUACACAGUACAGUGGACCCCCGGCAUACGAUGGCAUCACCUUACGUUAAAUCCGGCAUAUGAUACAUUUUAACACAAAAAUUUUGCCUCUCCUCACGUUAAACUCGCCUCACGCGAUUCGUCCGGGACGCGUCCCACAUGUGGCCUCAGCGCCAGUGUUCACAAGCCAGCCAGUGUGGUCGCAUCUACGCAUACAUUCAGUACAUUUCACAUUAUCCCAGUGUUUUUAGUGCUUGUAACUACAAAAUAAGUCACCAUGGACCCCAUCCCUGUGGUAAAAAGGGUGAGAAUUAGUAUGGAAUCGAAAAAAGAGAUUAAGGAAAUGUGUGCAAAGUGGCUUGAAGUGCAAACCUUUAUGGAUGAAAAUCACCCUCACACAGCUAUUGCAAGCCGUGCUGGUGACUAUUACAAUGACAAUGUUGUGAACCACUUUAGACAAAUCAUAAAGGAACGAGAGGUACAGAGUUCUAUGGACAGAUAUAUUGUGCGACAGAGGUCCAGUGACUCUCAAGCUGGUCCUAGUGGCAUUAAAAGAAGAAGUAACCCCAGAAAAGGACUUGAUACUUCAAGUCCUAAUGGAAGGGGAUUCCCCUUCUAAACAAUAAGUUCGACAUUCUCCCCUCCUUCCAUCCCAUCAAUCAUCACCAGAUCUUCAUUAAAGGUAAGUGUCAUGUAUUCUGUUGUUAGUAGAGUACUACUAACUGUGCAUGUUUUCUUCAGUUUGUGUGCAUUAAACUUAAUAUUUCAUGUGGUAAAACUUUUUUUUUUUUUCAUACUUUUGGGUGCCUUGCACGGAUUAAUUUUAUUUCCAUUAUUUCUUAUGGGGAAAAUUAAUUUGCCUUAGGAUUAUUUCGACAUACGAUGAGCUCUCAGGAAUGGAUUAAUAUCGUAUGCCGGGGGUCCACUGUAUAAGGUACAGUAGGUUUUAAUUCAUUAUGAUAGUUAAGCAGACAAGAUGCUCUGUAAAGGUCAUAAACAAAUGAUAGAGCUAGAGACAGUGUAAAAAAAAUAUACACCUACCAUCCGACUUACGACCGAAUUCGGUUCUGAGAAACCGGUUGCAAGUUGAAAUGGACGUAAGUCGAACUUUACUACUGAAUAUCAACAUCACAUUUUUGUAAUGACUUUAUUUUAUUGUUUUAUUUGGGUAUUUCAUGUUUUACUUUACUUUUUAUGCUGUUAGUACUGUAUUUUAUACUGUAAGGUUUUAGGAUAAACACUGUGUACAACACAAGUAGUUGUUUAUUUCCCAGAAAUUUGGCAAAAAAAAACAAGGUCGUAAGUCGAGUGGUCGUAAGUCGAGCAGGUCGUAAGUCGGAUGGUAGGUGUAUUAAUUUUUUAUUGCUUAAAAUUUACCUUACAGUUGGAUGCCUUAUUAAUCUGUUGAAUAUACAUGUAUUAUGAUGUCCAGUAAUGCAAAUUUAUUAAUUUUAAGGAAAUACAGUGGACCCUCACCUAACGAUAUUAAUUGGUAACCGAGACUGAAUAUCGUUAGGCGAGUUUUUUCACGUUAGAUGAGGCAAAAUGUUUGUGUUAAAAUGUAUCGUUAGCUGAAUUUAAUGUUAGCUGAUGCCAUCGUUAGCUGAGGGUCCACUGUAUUGUUAAUUCGCAAGAGCUGGUGAUGCUACUUAAAUACUAUAAUGACACAUUUAAGGUCUGUGUACCUUUGAAUGGGCUGAUUCCUCCAAGGUUCUUUAUUGCUUUUGAUGAAACAUUAUGAAGAAAAAAUUAUCUAAGGGUCUUAAUGUGUUUGAACAAUGGAAUAAAUUUAAUAGUUGAA